AUGACCUGCAUCGGCUGCGAUCUACGGAAAGCUUUCGAAGUCGACGUGUCUAACGCGAAUCUCCACCUCACUCUCCUAUGUUCGUACUUGUUAUUCCGGAAAAUCAAAGAAAGUGAUGUUGCUUUGCAUUCCUUCUAUCCGCCACUUACGUCGACUCAAUUCGGUCGUCUCUCAGUUGUCGCCUUGUUGCGUAUUGAUAUGAAGUCAUCAGAAGCAGUGGAGUCGAAAGAAUUUGAAGAGGUUGUGUCCACCGAUGUUAAACCUGCUCGAACUUCCCCGAAUAGCAUGACAGUUCCUAGUGAUGGCCGUUUUCAAGAAGCUAAACCUACUCCGCGCAGCUACAUCGCAAUCAGCCCUCCAUUUCUGCCCACUUAUCCGAUCACAUUGGCUUCAGUUCCGCCACUGCACGAGGUGCCGACGACGCGUACGAAAACAAAAACUGCCAGACCUUUGUGUCACCACGCACGAUAUGUUCUAGAGGAGAAACCAAAGAGAUCACCCACUGCAAAUGAUAACAUGGAGUGUACGAACUGUGGUACGAAGAAUACGAGUGCAUGGAGAAGAAGCGCAGAAGGAAAGAGCGAGUGCAAUGCAUGCAAUCUGUUCUUCCGCAAAAACGGACGGAAGCGGCCAGCGUCAAUGCGUCGCGACACGAUAGCAAGACGGUAUCGCUUGUCCCGUUGUGAUCUUUGCGCCCUUGAGGCUCAAGGAGGAGGUCAUGGGAACACUUCUCAAAUCCAGAAGACUCGCGCCCGCAGGAAUGGAAGAGCAAAAGUGUCUGAAACAGCGGGCGAGAUUCCGAGAACAGGUCAGCUCUGUGCACCUCCUGGACCUCAGGGAGCAGGUCCACACCAAUAUUUUGUGUCUCAUGCAGGGUUCCAGCAGCCGCUUCAGACAUUUUUGCCUACAAGUGUCAGCUACGUUCACCAGAACCCGGUGAUGAUGAGCUAUGCAACAGAAAGGACUGUUUUCAAUGUGAUGAAUAUGGAGCAGCAAAUGGGUGCAACUCCUCCUGAUUCUCAUUUUUGUUUUGUUAGAGAUGCAAACAACGUUGUAGCUUCCCCUGCGAGUCAAUCUCUAACGACAACAGAGCCCCCACUUGGUAUUGCAAAGCAUGAGGGAGCUGAUGGAAAAUUUGGAGUAGUUGCUGAGAAUAUCGAAGUAUCUCAGCGUGAAACACAGGAACAAUACCAGCAGUUCGAGCAGCAGCGACAAAAGUACGCCGGCUACGCCACAAAGAGAAAGGCGGUCGAUGACCAGCUCAGAAGCGAAUUUAGUGAAACGAUCAAUGCUGCGAAAGGAGAGGACAUCGUUGAUGACUACGUGAAUGCCUCAGCGGUUACGCCGCUUCUUCGAGAAGGCUCUGUCAAAAAUAGUAAAAGACAUGAUCUCGACAGCUCUUUUGAGAUCUUCAAGGAAAAGUGCAGAGGUCACGACGACAACGAGCUUGUGUUCAGAUCAUUGUAA